GCUGGGGGGAGAAAGCCCGAGAGCAGGGUUCGGUGCCUUUUCCUCUGUCCCCAACCGGUGCCCGGAGCCCCCCUCCCCUUCCUCCCCACCCCCUCCCCUCCCCGGCCCUGCCCUCCCCCUUGUCCCGGGAUCGCUCCGUCGCACCCACCAUGAUGGAAGACGACGGGCAGCCCCGGACUCUACACACACAAGCUAAGACAUAUGGUUCUAUCAUCAGAAAACAAUAUGGUGUUUAUAGCCUAGAUACGUAGGUAACCUCUCCAGAGAUGUGACAGAAGUUCUUAUUCUUCAGUUAUUCAGUCAGAUUGGACCCUGUAAAAGCUGUAAAAUGAUCACAGAGCAACCCGACAGCAGAAGGGUCAACUCUUCUGUUGGGUUUUCUGUUUUGCAGCAUACAAGCAAUGACCCAUAUUGCUUUGUGGAAUUUUAUGAGCACAGAGAUGCAGCUGCUGCGUUAGCUGCUAUGAAUGGGAGAAAAAUUUUGGGAAAGGAGGUCAAAGUAAACUGGGCAACAACACCAAGUAGCCAGAAAAAAGAUACUUCCAAUCAUUUCCACGUGUUUGUUGGAGAUUUGAGUCCAGAAAUUACAACAGAAGAUAUCAAAUCAGCAUUUGCCCCCUUUGGUAAAAUAUCGGAUGCCCGAGUAGUUAAAGACAUGGCAACUGGAAAAUCCAAAGGCUAUGGCUUUGUGUCUUUUUAUAAUAAACUGGAUGCAGAAAAUGCAAUUGUGCAUAUGGGAGGUCAGUGGUUGGGUGGUCGUCAGAUCAGAACCAAUUGGGCCACACGUAAACCGCCUGCACCUAAAAGUACACAAGAAAAUAACACUAAGCAGUUGAGAUUUGAAGAUGUAGUAAACCAGUCAAGUCCAAAAAACUGUACUGUGUACUGUGGAGGAAUUGCUUCUGGCUUAACAGAUCAGCUUAUGAGGCAGACCUUCUCACCAUUUGGGCAAAUUAUGGAAAUCAGAGUUUUUCCAGAAAAGGGCUAUUCAUUUGUCAGAUUUUCUACCCAUGAAAGUGCGGCUCAUGCUAUUGUUUCGGUGAAUGGUACUACAAUUGAAGGACAUGUUGUUAAAUGCUAUUGGGGUAAAGAAUCUCCUGAUAUGACUAAAAACUUUCAACAGGUUGACUAUAGUCAGUGGGGCCAGUGGAGCCAAGUUUAUGGAAACCCACAACAGUAUGGACAGUAUAUGGCAAAUGGAUGGCAAGUACCGCCUUAUGGAGUAUACGGGCAGCCAUGGAAUCAACAAGGAUUUGGAGUAGAUCAAUCACCUUCAGCUGCUUGGAUGGGUGGAUUUGGUGCUCAGCCUCCCCAAGGACAAGCCCCUCCCCCUGUAAUACCUCCUCCCAACCAAGCUGGAUAUGGCAUGGCCAGUUACCAAACACAGUGAGCGGGGACUCUAAACAAAAUGUAAUUCAUGAUAGCUUCAAUUUCCUUGUGACACUCUGAAGACAUGAAAGUAGACAUCGGAAAAUGAAAAUAUUUAUUUUAAAAAUUGAAAUGUUUGGAACCUUUAGCACAGCUUUGCUUUGGUGAAGGACACAUGUCUUCUAGUUCUGCCUUUUUAAGUUUUUGUUCAUGAUGGAUAUGAACAUGAUUUUUCUUUGUGUAUAAAAACUAAAAUAAAGUGAAUAAAAAAUUCUGACUACAAA